CGCGGCGACACUGGGGGGGAAGAGAGAGGAGCAGCCGCCUCAGGCCUCAGCCUCACUCGCUCCGCCGCCGGCGACUGGUGGAGAGAGAUUUAAGGUCGUGCCAUCCCUUGCGCCGCAUAAAUUCGGGCUUUGCUGGUCGCGGUUCUAUUGAGGUCCGCCGAUCCGCGCCUCGCUCUGGAUCUCCAGUUGGUUUGUUGUUAGGGAAGGGUCGGAUAUGGCUCGAAGCUUGACUGAGAACAGGACCAGAAACACACUAAUUGUGGUUGUGGUCUUUGGCCUCUGUUCCUUCUUCUAUCUCUUGGGCGCUUGGCAGCGAAGUGGUUCCGGAGGAGGAGACAGGAUACAGAAUUGGGUCAAUGAACAGACCAAAUGUGCACAACUCCCGAAUCUGAACUUUGAGACCCAUCAUAGAGCGUCCGACCUUCCAAACGAUACUGGUAGUUCCAAAAUUAAACCUUUUGAGCCAUGUGAUGAGCAGUACACUGAUUACACUCCUUGUGAGGAGCAAAAGCGUGCGAUGACCUUUCCUAGAGACAACAUGAUCUAUCGGGAGAGGCAUUGUCCGCCGGAUAAGGAGAAGCUUUACUGUCUUAUUCCAGCACCAAAUGGUUAUGUUGCUCCUUUCCGAUGGCCAAAGAGCCGUGAUUUUGUUCCUUAUGCCAAUGUACCUCACAAGAGCCUUACGGUUGAAAAGGCUAUCCAAAACUGGGUGCACUAUGAGGGAAAUGUGUUCAGGUUUCCUGGUGGUGGAACACAGUUUCCUCAGGGCGCAGAUACAUAUAUAGAUCAGCUUGCUUCUGUCAUCCCGAUAGCUGAAGGCAAAGUGAGAACUGCUCUGGACACUGGUUGUGGGGUUGCCAGUCUGGGUGCAUACCUGUUGAAGAAAAAUGUUUUGACCAUGUCAUUUGCGCCAAGGGAUAAUCAUGAGGCACAAGUACAGUUUGCAUUGGAGAGAGGUGUCCCUGCAUAUAUAGGUGUCCUUGGAUCAAUAAAGCUGCCAUUCCCAUCUCGUGUCUUUGACAUGGCUCAUUGCUCAAGAUGUUUAAUUCCAUGGAGUGGAAAUGAUGGUAUGUACAUGAUGGAAGUUGACAGAGUACUAAGGCCUGGUGGCUAUUGGGUGCUGUCAGGUCCACCCAUUGGCUGGAAGAUUCACUAUAAGGGGUGGAAACGGACAAAGGAAGAUCUUCGGAAUGAGCAGAGAAAAAUAGAACAAUUCGCAGAACUUCUUUGUUGGAAGAAGAUAUCUGAAAAGGAUGGUAUUGCCAUAUGGAGAAAGAGAUUAAAUGAUAAGUCUUGCUCCAUGAAGCAAGAUAAUCCGAAAAUUGGCAAAUGUGAGUUGGUGAACGACAAUGAUGUAUGGUAUAAGAAAAUGGAAGUUUGUAUAACCCCUCUUCCUGAGGUUAAUAGUGCAUCAGAGGUUGCUGGUGGUCAAUUAGAGCCUUUUCCCAAGAGGCUCAAUGCAGUACCUCCUCGUAUAACCCUUGGUUCCAUGCCUGGUUUCUCAGUUCAGUCAUAUGAAGAGGACAAUAAACUUUGGCAGAAACAUGUUAAGGCUUACAAGAAAACCAAUAACUUGCUUGAUACUGGAAGAUACCGCAAUUUAAUGGACAUGAAUGCAGGUCUUGGUAGCUUCGCUGCUGCACUGGAAUCCCCAAAGUUGUGGGUCAUGAAUGUCAUUCCAACAAUUGCAAAUACUUCCACUUUAGGUGUAAUCUACGAACGUGGAUUAAUAGGAAUGUAUCAUGACUGGUGUGAAGGAUUUUCUACUUACCCAAGGACAUAUGACCUCAUACAUUCUAAUGCCAUCUUCAGUUUGUACCAAAACAAGUGUAAAUUUGAAGAUAUACUCCUGGAAAUGGACCGAAUCUUACGCCCUGAGGGUGCGGUUAUAGUACGUGAUAAGGUUGAUGCUCUUGUAAAGGUAGAGAAAAUAGCCAAUGCCAUGAGGUGGAAAACAAGAUUGGCUGACCAUGAGGAUGGCCCUCAUGUGCCUGAGAAGAUACUCUUUGCAGUCAAGCAGUACUGGGCAACCACAAGCAAGAGCAGCUAACGAUGUUCAGAUUAUUUUUCUCCAGUCACACAGAUAACUUGGUGCCUGGCUGUGUUUAUUGGAAAAAUAUAAAAAAAAGUCACACUGGAGGAGAGUAAAUUAUGUGGACCUAGUUGUGAUUUGGUUAUUCUGCUGGUGCCAAUCUGCUGAUGGACGUACUGAAGGAUAAACAGGCCUUUUGCUACUGACUCAUCUCUGAUCAGACGGAUGCAGCUUCUCAUGGUCUCUUAACUCCUGAGCAGUCCCUCGGCAGAACAUGAACGAGCAAUGCACUUGUAGUUUUAAAUAGGAUUCCUUUGCCCUCAUCCCACAUUUUUGUUGUUGUAUAUUAGAAUUUCUUGAACUGGAGAGUGUAUUUGAACCUAUAAGGUUGUUUCCUAUUUGAUUUGAAUGACAACCAUUUCGAGCCCA